AUGCACCACAAUCAACUCCACCGAUCUCCCCUAAAAAACAUCACCACCAUCGCCUCCUCCAAACCUACACCAUCGUCGCCUCCUUUAAAACCUACACCACAAUCACCUCGCAGAAUCUAUUCGCCUGAAUCGCCACAUCUGUUCCGAAAUCCACAUCAACGAACGAUAGUGAGUCAUCGAUGCCAUCUCCGACGAUUGCAACGACCAUCACUUUCCCCUAGGCAACUACUCUUUCUCACUCUUCGAUACAUUUACGGAACCAAAACUAAAAAAUUAGGUCAAGCAAAACGGAAAAUGAAGAAAGUCGGAGCCGAGAAGAAAAGAAUCUGACGAUCCUCCCCUGAAAUCGUUGAUGUACUCAGAUAUGUCAACAUCUUCAUCGCUUCCGGAGACUUCGUCGCCUUCAAUCAAGUCUGGGAUCAAUAUGAGUCGAUUACGUCUCCCGAGGACUCGGAACACUUGUUGAGAAAUACUCCGGAAUCGUGGAUGUCAAACGGAAUGGAAUCGAAGAAGCUUAAGGAAUAUAUCGAUGACACUAAAGAUCUCAUCAACAUUAAGCUUGUAAGCAAACCAUAUUCCUAUGGAAUUUUGGAUUUGAUGGUAAAUUACAAUGGACUAUGCGUGUUCUAUGGCUUGGGGCUAAAGUUGAUCAUUUACAGCUGUAAUAAUUCAUUGAUUGGGAGCUAUAUUUGGUAAAUUUAGACUUGGAAGAAUUUGUGGAAAAUAUUGAAGAGGUGAGAAGUGAUAAAUUGAAGAAAAUAUGAAAAUCUUGACACGAAGACAUGAAAACGCUUUGAAAUUUUGUAGCAUUUUUUGUUUUUUAAAUUUUAUUUUGUAUCGAAUAAAAUACUUAUACUAUUGUGUUUAUAUAUUCGUAAAUAAAAUUGAGUUUUUUUUUUGGUGAUUUA